CAGACUCUUGUAACAUGGCCCGGGAGUCCGGCAGAAUAAAGGAUGCUUGCCAAAAGCGAAUCCUCGACGAUGCCGCGCGCAAGCGUAGGCAAAAGAAGGCGUUGGAAGCAUUGGAGCAAGACAAUUUUCAUGAUGAUCCGCAUGCUGACUUAGUGAUGAGCAAGAAAGUGCCGAAAUUUCAAGAAACGCUGGACAAUAGAAGCAGUAGCAGGAAAAAGAAAAGCCGCUCUGCGGAAUACUAUAAGCAACGUUUUCGCAAGACUUUUGCACAGCUCGUGGAGGAGGAUCUCAAUAUGAAUCCUAAUCCGCCAAAUUAUGCCUGCGCCCAGGCGCCGUCGUCGCAUUUGCCCGAGAGACAUUUCUGCGCGGUGUGUGGUUUCCCCAGUAAUUAUACAUGUAUACCUUGCGGCGCCCGAUAUUGCUGUGUCAAGUGCCUAGGUACUCAUCUUGAUACGAGAUGUAUGAAGUGGACGGUUUAAAAAUUUUGAUUUAAUUUAUUCCGAGUUUCAGUUAAAAUAGAGUAACGUAAAGUAUCUAUUCUUUUCUCAACGGAAGAGAUUUAACCGUUGCAUUGUACGUUUUGAUAGUAAAAUACAUAAAAAAUGCCCCAUGUCCAAUGAAACACCAGUAAACAAAUUCUUAACAAUAUGCUAGCAGAUUUCAGCGGAAAAUUACGGCAUAAACUGCUUCUGUUUCACCAACAAUUUAUUUUAAAUUUUAAUAAUUGUGCAGUUCUAUUCAAUGUCACUUUGCAUAAAAAGAUUUGAAAAGCAAUAGUUGCUCGCUGGAUUAUUUACGGUUGGGAUUCCAUAUGGCACACUUGACUACUUCCUCUUUCCGUUUGAUAUCUUACGGCUUGCGAACAAUAGAGGAAAUUGUAGGAAAACAUUUGUAAGCUAGAAUACUUUGGAUUAUGACUGUAACACAAUUCGUAUGUUUGCAUCUUAUUAUAUUUUGUGUUUUAUUCUUUUUCA